GUGUCUUAAAGCCAUGUGGGCUGCCCUGCCCUGGUGUUUGAGGGAGGUCAUGGUAGGGACAGGUCACCCAAGAGAAGCAUCAGGAGGGGCAGUCAGCCACGUGAUCCACUAACCCUGGAGGUGGGGGUGAACUAUGCCCCAGACCUAAACCUUUUGUAUAUCAGUGCAUGUACUUUCAGAGCAUUUUUACCUCCUUUAUCUCACUGGAACUUUGCCAUGUCCUUGUGACACUAGACUUUUGUCCUCUUUGGCAGAGGAACUAGAAAUCAGGCUGAUUUUGUCUCCUAGCACCUGGGCCUGCACACGGUAGGUGUUUAAUAGAUGCUUGUGCAGCAGGCCUUGCAGAAAACAACUCCCCUCUCCCUAGUGUACAAGCUGUUCAGACUGGGCUGCAUCUUAUCCCCUGGGGUGUCAGGCGGGGGUCCGGGGACUCCUGGGCCUGCUGCCACGCGAUGAGGGGCCUGAGGUGUGUGCCAGGAGACUUUGGUGUGUACUUUUGUGCUGGUGGCAGUCUAGAGACAUCUGCUCAUGAGUGCUGCCGCCUGUGUUGGGUUUGCCCUUUCUGAAGUGGGGCCUUGCUGACUCUGGAUAAUUGAUGCCUGAAGGAAAGAACCGAGGCAGGUGUUGUAAGACGAGGGAGGACUUUUUGUGUCACCGAGGGCGUCCUCUGUCACUGGGGACAUUCCGGGUCCCUGGGCCCCAUCACUGUCCCUAGGCAGUGAGCUUGUGCUCCGAGCCCCAGGGUCAGUGGCAGAGGGGUGGGGUGUGGGGAAAGGGCUCCACCUGCACACGGGGGUUUCACCUUCGUGCUCAGAGUCCUGCACCAUCAUCACUGGCAUUGUGCCACCUGUGCCCGUUCACAUAGCAGAACUAGUUCUGUGCUUCUGCUCACAUGAAUUCGGUUUGGAUUUUAUCAUUGUAAGAGCUGUAUAAAUAAGCUGUAUUUUCGGAAUUUCAGUUGUUACAUUUUAGGUAAAAACAACAACAGCAGAACAGCAGAAACAAAAAUCCUUUAAGUUGGCCAUGGUGGGUGGGCGUCUGAGGACCUGUCUCCCUGAAGGAGAAGCCAGUUGCUUGGGUUUAGAAGCCUGCAGUGGGCACUUGGGCCCUGUGCCCACUGGAGCUGAGGUUUGCUGUGUCGCCUGCCCUUGGUGUUUUGAGCACCCGGAGGUCCCUGCAUCCUUCUCCCAGCUCCUGGGCUUUGCUGUACUCUCCUGUUGGUCAGUGGAAGAAGCCAGGCUUGUGCUGGUUAGGCUGGCCAGCCGGCUGGCAGGCCUUUCCUCUGGUGCCAGGAGGUCGGUCGUGGUGCGGAGGGCCCAGCUGUCCAGCAUCAAAGGGGGGUGUGUGCGCGUGUGUUUUCAUCCUCACUGUUGAGGUGGCCUUCGCUGUGCUGACAACACACCCUUCCACCAGCAGGGUGGGCACAGGCAGAGCUUAGCUCAGCACUGUGAGAGUGAGCCCGCCUCGAGGGGUCUUCUGCCCCCACCCACCUGUAGAGCCACGGCGGAGCACUGGAUUCAGAGUUCAGCGGCCCCAUGCCAGUGACUUGCUCUGUGGCCUUGAGCUGGUCGCUUGUUCCCGGGCCCCUUUCAGUCCUGACUCUGUGAGUCCACGGGAGCUGGCGGGGAGGGACCAAGCCCUGGUCCAGCCGAGCCUGUGUUUUUCAGGGGCCUGGCAGUUUCCUGGGAACGUCCUGCACUUCCUGGAUGACCCUGCGGGCAGUGACCACUGCUGCCUGCCUCGCCUCCCAAGUCCGGUGCCGGCGGCCAGACGCUGGCACGGGGCCACGUCCAGUGGGCGUUUCCCAUGCGUGUUUCCAUGUGGUCAGGAAACUACUUUGCCUCCCACUUUUUCAUGGGAGGUGAGAAAUUCGACACCCCCCACCCUGAAGGUUACCUCUUUGGAGAGAACAUGGAUCUGAACUUCCUGGGCAAUCGCCCAGUCCAGUUUCCCUACGUCACCCCUGCCCCCCAUGAGCCUGUGAAGACACUGAGGAGCCUGGUGAACAUCCGCAAAGACUCCCUCCGGCUCGUGAGGUACAAGGACGGUGCUGACAGCCCCACUGAGGACGGCGAAAAGCCCCGAGUCCUCUACAGCCUGGAGUUCACCUUCGAUGCCGACGCCCGGGUGGCCAUCACCAUCUACUGCCAGGCAGUGGAGGAGUUCCUGAAUGGGACGGCUGCGUACACCCCCAAGAGCCCGGCCCUGCAGUCCGAAACUGUCCACUACAAGCGGGGAGUGAGCCAGCAGUUCUCCCUGCCCUCCUUCAAGAUCGAUUUCUCGGAGUGGAAGGAUGAUGAGCUGAACUUUGACCUGGACCGGGGCACGUUUCCAGUGGUCAUCCAGGCUGUGGUGGAUGAGGGGGACGGUGUGGAAGUGACCGGCCACGCCCACGUGCUCUUGGCCGCCUUUGAGAAGCACGUCGACGGCAGCUUCUCUGUGAAGCCUUUAAAGCAGAAGCAAAUCGUGGACCGGGUCAGCUAUCUGCUGCAGGAGAUCUACGGCAUUGAGAACAAGAACAACCAGGAGACGAAGCCCUCAGACGAGGAGAACAGCGACAACAGCAACGAGUGUGUGGUGUGCCUGUCAGACCUACGGGACACGCUGAUCCUGCCCUGCCGCCACCUGUGCCUCUGCAACUCGUGCGCCGACACGCUGCGCUACCAGGCCAGCAACUGCCCCAUCUGCCGGCUGCCUUUCCGGGCCCUUCUGCAGAUCCGGGCAGUGAGGAAGAAGCCAGGAGCCCUGUCCCCCAUCUCCUUCAGCCCCGUUUUGGCCCAGAGCAUGGACCACGAUGAACAUUCUUGUCCCUUUAAAAAAUCAAAGUCGCACCCUGCCUCACUGGCCAGCAAGAAACCUAAAAGGGAAACAAGCUCCGACAGCAUCCCGCCUGGCUACGAGCCCAUCUCCCUGCUUGAGGCGCUCAACGGCCUUCGGGCUGCCUCCCCAGCCAUCCCCUCGGCCCCCCUUUAUGAAGAGAUCACCUAUUCAGGCGUCUCAGACGGCCUGUCCCAAGCGAGUUGUCCACUUGCUGGGAUCGAUCGGAUCAUGGAAAGCAGCCUCCAGAAGGGCAAGCUGAGGAGCAAAUCCCCCGACAGCACCCUGCGGUCCCCAUCGUCCCCCAUCCAUGAAGAGGAUGACUCGGAGGCCCCGCCCCCGCCGAGCGGGGCAGGGGUGGCGCUGAGCAGCUCCCCAGAGAGCUUCAUAACGGAGGAGGUUGACGAGACUUCAUCACUAAAGCAAGGGAGCCGAGUGCCAUCUAUCGAGAACGUCCUGCAGGACGGCAGCCCCGAGCCCUGCAGCCGAGGCCAGCCCAGCGCAGCUGCAGACAUCUACCUGCCAGCCCUGGGGCCCGGCUCCUGCUCCGGUGGUUUAGAGAAGUAAGCUGGAUGGUCCACCUCCAUGGAGACGCCCCGCAGCCUCCACACCGCCGGGCCCCCCCGGCCUCCACUUGGUGGCCCCAGUCCUGACCCUGGGGCCGCUGAGCUGACCCCACUCUGAGAGCGUGGCCAGGCUGGCAGCAUGGAGCCCUCAGCUCCCUAGACUUGGCCGAGGGGCUGCCCGGACUCCAGCGUGACCCCUGGCCUCUCCAGUCUGCACGUCCUGUGUGGUCACUGGCUCCGAGGGGCCAUGUGACCCUUGAUUGAAGAGCACAGUUGACCUUCCUCUCUGACAACCCCCUUUUUCUACGGUCAAUGUAUUUAUAAAUGGUACAGGAUGAAGGAUGGCGGCUUUCUGUCCUGGGCGCUGAGCUCUGGGGUUCCUCCCAGUCGUCCUAUGGGCUGAUCACCCAGGUGCAGCCUGACUGGGCCUCACCCAGCCCCCAAGUCUGUAGGGGGCCCGUCAAUGCCCGAGAACUCAACAGAGUGCAGUCUUCACAGGAAACGUCACGGGGGCCUUGUGGGAGGAAAGGAAGUGGGGUCCGAGUGUCAGUCAAUGAAGGAAACAGUGCCUGUCCCCUCCCCAUGUGCGUGUACCCUUCCCCCCCUACGCGGCCCUGUGGGACCACCUCCCACAGUUUGCCCCCCGCCCCCCCCCCCCGGGCGGCUAGGCAGUCAGGCCAGGUCUGGGUCUGGCCAUUAACAGCGGUUGUGUCCAGGGGCCCUUCUCUGAGCCCCACACCUUCUCGGAGGCAGCCUAGCCCAUGUCAUCAGACCCUCCGGGUGGGGGGCUCCACUUGGCCGGUGGCGCUGCUGCCCACCCGCCCCGGGAGGGCCUGAGUGGCUUCUCCGCUCCCUCUUCACCAUGUAGAUGCCACUUAGCGUUUCUCUUUGAUUUGUUCUGUCUGGGACUCCUGUGGUGGAACCUGCCAGGGGAUGAGGGUCCCAUCUGAGGUGACCUCGUCUUUUUUUAAAGAUAAACUUUCUGGGUAACAGAAAGGCAGAGGGGACGCUUGGCCUUGGUGCCCCCGGGUGAGAGCUUCCCCAGCAGGACCUUGAGUCCAGUGGGUGGGUCUGCAGCUCCCGGGUGCAGACACUUACUUUCCUUGCAAGCGGGAGAGCGUCCCGCUUCCUGAGGAGCUGCCCUGGGAAGGACGGUUCUGGGGCGGCCGGCUGCACAGCCUGAGGCUCUGUUGAGUGGGGCAGUCGGGUGUGGAUGACUCCUUUUCCCUCCGGUUGAGCCUGUGAACAGAGGCCACGCUUGGAGCAGCCUGCCCUGGCCCCUUGGCUCCCUGCCUCCCCUCCCCUCCUACCCACCAUGUGUUCAUGGGUGCACGCAUGCCGAUGCACACACACACACGCACACACACACAGGCAGGGCGGCCGUGUCCCUCUCCUCAGCCCUCUCCUCUCACGGCCAGCACCCCGGCCUCUCGCCAUCGAUAUUGUGCCAGUAACUCUGAAGGACAGGGUGCAGACUGGCCUGUCUUGUACUUGCGUGUGCUACCAUUUGAUGUACUCUGAUUGGCUAGUUUUUGUUCGUUUUUACUGUCUAUUUAUAGUAAUAAAAUCAUGCAGCAAUA